AUGGCGCCAGUUGAUCGCCGCGAACAUCGACAACAGCGCGUGCGCGGUGCUGGACCCUCCUCAGUGCAAGCAUCUUUUGGAUUCAACUUUGGCGCUCUUGCGGCACGUCCUGCCAAACAAGCCUCCCUUCCACCUCAACUAUCGUCGCGUCGAACACCAGUCCAAAGAACACCACGUGCCACGAAUGGCUCAGUACAGCGACACCGGAGCGCGUCAAUCCAACGUAGCAGUUCCGUAAAGCGCAAGAGCACACCGCGGGAGGAGAAUGUGACCCCGCAUCUGGGUAAGAGGAAGCGGGGUUCAUCGCAGGCGGAGCCAGGGGCAGAUAAUACAGACGAGGAUGAGCUGAGUCCAGACCGGGAGGAAGUUGUGCGCUUCAUCGAGAAGAGUAGGAGAAUGGUUGGCACAGUUUCGCCCAUACGCGAAGAGCGAGACAAGGUGCCAGAUGAGCUGUCUAUCUUGAACGAAGGCGCCAGUACUGUACGCGAGACGGUCUUCGCCAAGUCGACGGUGAUGAAGCGCACACCUCCACAAGCAUUAGCACAAAAGCGCAUAUUUCCUGGUAAUACGCCGCAGCAGACGCCCAUUCCCGACCGAGUAGAAGCACUGUCAGUGGCAUCACGAAAAUCGACAACAAGACGAUCAAAGUCGACAGAUCCCGUUCCUGCAACACCGAGUCUAUCUGUGAAUGGCCGCUCGAGAGUAUCCUCCGUUUCCCGAUCCGGAACCAAUUUGGCUACCCCGAUUGUUGCCCCAGCGGAUGACGAGAGCGAAGAUGAACUGUCACCACAACCCAAUGAGGCUACACCACGGGUGGUCGGAAGUGAACCACGACCACAGCCCAUGGUACAAGAAGACACGCAGAUGGACAUGGACGAGCUCUCAUCGCCGAAGCAACAAACACCAAUCGUAAGCCAGGAAGCGAAAACUCAAGUAGGCGAAAAGGAGCCUGUCACUGUAUCACGACGAGCGAAGCGCGGUAGACCUCGUAAAGAAGCCACACCGCCAGAAGUCGAACUUCAACAAGAAGAUAAUGAGCCCACACCACAACCAACCAAACGCGGUAGACCUCGUAAAGAAGCCACACCACUAGAAGUUGAGCCUCAAGUAGAAGAGAACGAGCCUACGCCACAGCCGAACCAACGCGGUCGACUUAGAAAAGAAGCCCCAGCAACGGAAAGCGAACCUCAAGCAACUCCAGUCAUACUCAAGCCAAAACCGAAUAAGCGGAGCGAGCCAAUGGCAGCAGUAGGUGGCGAGGCCGUAGACGAGCCUUCCCCUGAGCGCGAGAAAACACUGAAAAAACCUGCAAAACCUGCAGAACCUUUAAACCGGGAAGAAGAAGUAGAAGAAACGUCUACUGUACAAGAAGAGUUACCCGAGGACGAGGCGCCCUCUGCAGAUGAGACGGAGAUUAUACCAAGGCCUGCGACGAAACGGCGCUCUCCGAAACAAGUGCCGCGAAAUAAACCUUUGGCAGAGAAGCUACCACCUCGCAAACGUCAAAAGUUCUUAGGGCCGAAACAUGCCAUCUCCGUCAUGCGCAUCAAGGGGUCCGCAGUACGAGGUAUCACAGUUGCAGAUACUACGCGCACAAUCUUGGAAGAAACUAUCGAUCAUCGCCUCAAUCGUAUGGCUGAGACCCUGCAGACCUCACAAAACUCUGACCGACGCAAGGAACUGCGAAGCGAGAUCAACCUUUCCCUGUCCUUCAAGGAGAGUUUGAAUGAGAAGCUCUUGGACUUGCAGGACGCUAAUGACGUCUUAAGUACCAAUUUUAAGAAGACAAAACUGUUCAAGCGCGAUAACGCUGAACUACGCAAGGAAAUACUUGGUCUCCAGAACAACCGAGAGGAGAUCGCAAUUGAGCAGGACUAUAUACAGGCUCACUUCGAAGCUGAGAAGGCCAAAGUAGAGGCUAGGAAUACGCUUAGUGACAAUAUGUUUGAUAUUGAGGCUGCGAUCAAGAACGGCCGCGAGCAAGCGCGCAAGGAAGGAAGAGAAAACGAGGGUCCGGAAAUCCCGCUAAGCAUGCUACUGGAGACGGUAGGCAAGGAUGUCGGCUCGCGUGGCGGUGGGCUUCUGGCUAAUGUCAAGAGCUUCAAUGGGCUUCUAGAGAAGGCUGCCGGCUGGCUAGAAGGAAGAGCUUGA